AUGAGUAUUCUCAGGAAGCAGGCAAAGAGCCUGGAGUACAAGAAAGCCAAAGAUUAUGAUCCAGAGGACGAUACCCACCAAAGCGAAGACGAAGAACAGUCUGACAGCGAGGAAGAUGCAGGCGCAACAGGCCGAGAGCAUUACGAAAGCGUUGGGAAGAGCAAGUUACGGAAACCGGACGAGUCCGCAUUGGACGCAAGAUAUGGUGGUGUUGCAGUCAGUCGCAAGGACUUAGAUGCCCAUGACGAAACUGAGGACGACCCAUUUGCGGCUGUUGACGAUGAAGAGGAGGACGAUCCCUUCGCUGCGAAAAAUCGAGAUCUUAGCGGCUCAGAGGAGGUUUCCGACCCGAGUGAUGUUGAGAACGGCGAAGAGGUUAUAGAAGACGACGAGAUUGACAGCGAUGAAGCCUUCGGGGAGAGUGACGUUGAGCGAUUCAAGAACUUUACCUUUCGUGGAAGCAAACUCAACAGGAGGGGUGGGGGAGACGAAUUUUCGUCCGCAAGCCAAGAAUCAGAUGAAGAGGACGAGGACGACAAUGACUUGUCAGAAGAAGACUCUGAUGCUUCGGAUUCAGAUGUCGAUAUCGAUGGAAACGGAGACGAAGGUUCCAUUGCAUCGUCUAUCUCCUCCGUUCCCCUCAAGAAGCCAACUUCAAAUCGAUCCUCAGCUCGUGAGGAGCUCCGCAAGGCUGCUACAUCGUCAUCCUCCACGGCUGCGCUGGCUUCCGCACUCUCAGCUGGUGCCCACGCCGAUAUUAAGAAGGGCCAAGCGGUCAAGAAACAACAGCAGACCUUCGAUAGACUCCUCGACGCAAGAAUCAAGUUCCAAAAGGGCCUGACUCUAGCGAGCGAUAUCCCAAACAACACAGUCUUGGAAGAAGAUGUCAAGGCCGCCGCCCAGCAAGCUGAAGACGCGGCUCUUGCGCUCUGGUCCACGAUCGAUUCAAUCCGCUGCACCCUUCUUACGGCACAACAAGAUGCCUCCAACACCCAGUCGAGCGGAUCAGACUUGAAGCGUAAACGACCCCUGAAGGCUACACGCAGCACACAGACCUCAGACCUCUGGCAGCACACCACAUCCCUCAACAGCACCAUCCUCCCAAUACAACGCGGUACUCUUGACAAAUGGAACACGAAAACCCAACCAGUCAUCGACACGGCCUCGAAACCCAAACUGCUCCAGGCAGGCACGUCAACACACUCCAUGCGCCUCACCGAAGUCCUCGACACCUAUCUAGCAACCACAGGCCCAACACUCAUUGAAUCCUCCACCUCCACCUCCACCUCCACCUCCACCUCCAACUUCUACGACGACAACACCUUCUACCAAUCGCUGCUACGCGCCCUGAUCUCGUCGCGCACCAACGCCACAUCGACCUCGGACCUAAGCGAAUCCUACCUGCCACCCAAGCUGCACGCAUCCGGCUCGCGCGCCAAGAAAGUCGACACCAAAGCCUCCAAGGGCCGCAAGGUGCGCUAUACGGUGCACGAGAAGCUGCAGGACUUUAUGGCUGUCGAGGACCGUGGGACGUGGGAGGAUGCGGCGCGCCGCGAGUUCUUUGCCAGUUUGUUGGGCGGGAUGAGUGUUUUGGACGAGGGUGUUGAUGGGGAGGAUGGAGAUGGAGAUGGCGAUGUCGAGGAUGGGAUGGAGGAUGUUGCCUUGAGGUUGUUUAGGAAUUGA